AUGCCCCUCGAGGAGUUGAACUUGUCAUCUCCGACACCGGUACCUCCUGGAUCGGUGCUCCUCACUCCAUCAUCUCCGCCGUCCUCAAGGCAACUGGAGCCAGAUUCGAAUGGAUCACUGAGCUCUACGUGGUCCCUUGCUCCACAAUGCAAACUCAACCGGACAUCAUUUGGAGGCAUCCAAUAUAAUGUAAAAUCCGUUGAGUACAUUUUGGACCUCAGAUUGGGAAAGGGGAAUUGUGCGUUGACGUUCUUCGGAAUGACCUACAUGGGCUUCGGACCGUCUUGGAUUCUUGGAGACACUUUUAUUCGGCAAUACUGUAAUAUUUAUGACAUCGGAAAGGAGAGAAUUGGCUUUACGAUGGCUAAACAUAGUUUUUAG